AGCAACCCAACAAGCAACAAACAAAACAGAGAAUAUUAAUUUAUCAUCCCUUGUUUUGAUGUAGCUACUGCGGCUGGCUGAGGAAAAAGUUGAAUUUGUAUUUGUGAACAUCAUUCGUGUUCUCUGAAAAUGGCUACGCGGUGGAGUAAUGAUUUCAUUGUCGCAGAACACAAAGAUCUUCAGGCAACUGCGAUGUCCGUUGACCACAGUGGCAGUCUGGUUUUACUUUUCGGACGACGUUACAUGGCUUUAGUGAAUCUGGACAAGCCAACAGAAACACUGAAAAAGGUUAACCGGAAAACCAAGUAUGAUGUUGGUUUUGCGGCCACUGCUGAUUGGAGUCCUGUCAUUUCUGAUGAACUAAUCGCUUUUUCGAGCGAUGAAAGGGUUGAAGUUUUCAGAUGGAAAAAUUGUGAUUUAACAACCGAGCAUUCCUUCAAAGCUCACUCUAGGGUUGUCACCGAUCUGCAGUGGCACAAAACAGACCCAAACUUACUAGCCACUUGCUCUCUUGACACAUUUUUACAUAUUUGGGACCUGAGAGAUAUGAGGCGGCCUGCGACUUCUCUCUCUACUGUUGUUGGGUCCAGCCAUGUACGUUGGAACUGCAUAUCAAAAGAUGUUUUGGCUUCUGCCCACGAUGGUGACGUAAAAAUUUGGGAUCACAGAAAACCAAGUACUGCGUUGAAUUAUGUGUCUGCUCACCUAGCCAAAAUUCACAGUCUUGAAUGGAAUUUACACUCUGAAAAUCAUAUCACCACCUCAAGUCAAGACUGCACAGUGAAAUUUUUUGACAUUAACAGUCCGAGAAGAGUUGACAAUGUCCUCACAUUCAAUGCUCCAGUGUGGCGGGUCAAGCAUGCUCCUUUCGGACACGGACUUAUCACUGUGGUAAUUUCUAAUAUCCGCAGGGAAGAAAAAAGUCUUGUUCUGUGGAACACCGAAAAGCAAGUAGCUCCUGUGCACACCUUUGUUGGGCACACAGAUCAUGUGCUAGAGGUGGCAUGGCGAAAGCAGGUAACAGGGGAUGUUAAUUUCCAAUUGGUCACGUGGUGUAAAGAUCAGAGUUUGAGGAUUUGGAGGAUUGAGCCUUCGCUGCAAGAAAUUUGCGGGCAUGUUUUAAAAAAUGCUGUUAAGGGGUCAGUCUCUGAAAAUGAAAUUUCGACUGAUCCCGUGGAUCCUCAAGAAAUUGUAACUACAGUGGAGGAACCGGAAACUGCAGAAGUGAUGUCUUCACCCAUACAAACACCAGAGACAUUGCAACAAGAGUUUACCCUCACCAAUUCCAACUUGACUUAUGUAAUGGUUGAAGAUAUGAAUGCUGAUGCUCGUACCUGCAUCGUCACCGCAAAAGUGAACAUGCACAUUGCCAGACUUCUCUUUACUUUUCCGCCUAGUUACCCUGUCAACUCUCCACCCUCUUUCAAACUGCUAAAUGGGUCGCAAAUUGAUGCUAAUAUCCAAGCAAAACUAUUAAAGGUCCUCAAGACUACAGCCCAGCAGCGAGUAAAAAAAAACAAAUCAUGCCUUGAGCCGUGUUUGCGGGCUCUUGACACUAAUCUUAAGAAUCUGGUUGCGGUGCCCGAAGAUUCUGAUUUCGUCAAAAAGUUCGCUGAUGCAUCUAGCGUGUUUGGCUCUUUUAAAGAUGCAUAUGUACCUUUUCCCAGAAGCUCUGGAGCUGCUUUUUGCAGUGCUGGGCUCUUAGUUUGCUUUGGUCAACCCAAUAAUCUGUCCAGAAGAGUGUCUGUUCGGUCUGAGUCAAGUUCAACUCCUCGCGCUCUGUCUGCACUUGUUCCUGCCACCGCAGCUUUUGGAACAAUGAUGACACCCUUGUUUUCUCAAGCUGGCUCUGGAACUGGGUCGCAGGUGCCAGAGUCUCAAGCUAUAGCAAGUUUCUACUAUCCUGAAAGGCAAAGGGCGAGAAGCAAAGGUCGUAAUUCGGGCAGUGGCCCCUCAGGGCAUAGAGGAAGUUUUGCCAAACCAUCCAACAAGGUGUUCGUCGUCAUUUACGAUUCGGCAAGCCUGCUCUUCGUGCAUAGGGAGCUGGCCGAAAAGUACAAGUUGAAAGGCAAAGAUGUGGCCGAGGUGUGCUACUAUAACGCAGGAGUGGCGCUCUCCACGAACCGCAAGGAUCUGGUCCAGGUGUGGCAGUUGGCCGCUCUGGCCGCGGCCACCCCUCCACCUCCCUUGCCACUCGCCUCUCACUGGAGCGAGAACGACGAAGACUCGCCAUCUGCCUGGGCAGCUCAUCCCUUUGGACAAACGAUGAUUGAAGCCCUGGUCCAGCAUUACGCCAAACAGUGCGACGUGCAAACCGCGGCCAUGCUCAGCUGCUUGUUUGGCAGCCGCACAGAAAACCUGCCCAGCCACAGGAAGAAACUGACCAAUGUUAACGUGUCGCGGCUUGCGUCUGGCAAAUGGUGUUUAAAGCCAGGUGGAUCUCCUUAUCACACAGUGCACCCGUCAGACACGUCCCUUGAAGGCUGGAGUUUCCACUUGCUGAAGCAGAACCGCUCAAACUCCUGGUCAGACUCCUUGGAUGAAAUAAAGACAUUGGCGUCAAUGUCUGAAACCCCAGACUUUGUCAGAAUGGAGGAGAUUGAGUUGUCUACAAGCAAAAUGCUGGACGAAAAAAAUUCUGAGCUCCACGACUGUUUCAAAAAAGUAUACGCAGACAUUCUGUACCGCUGGGAUUUAUUGGAUGCCAGCGCACAAGUCUUAAAACAUGUCAGCUUUAUUACCGACAUUCACAGCAAGGGAAUGGAGUUUAUCACAGAUUGUAGAGUCUGCUCUAAAUCAUCACAAGGGCCAGGUUGCAUGUUUUGCAAGAAAACUGUAUUCCCCUGUACGAUCUGCCACAUAUCUGUUCGAGGUCCAGCAAAUUUUUGCUUCAUGUGUGGACAUGGCGGUCACGUUCAACAUAUGGCUAGUUGGUUUGCCCAAGAAGAACAGUGCCCCACAGGAUGCGGGUGCAAGUGUAUUAUAGAAAGUAGGUCACUUUUGGACACUUGAAUCUCAGUGAUAUACCUAGAUAAAACGCCUUUAAAUUACUA